AUGCGUGCUUCCACGAGCCCCAUCAUGGCCCUUCCUCCAGAGCUGUUAUCCACCAUAUUCGAGUCUUUCAUUGGCACCUUCUCGCCUCUCUCCGGGAAGAGCUCUCCCUUCGUUCUCGGAAUGGUGUGUCGAUACUGGCAUAACGUCUCUGUGGCCACCCCAACAAUCUGGAGCUCAUUCAAAUUAGACUUCUUGUCAUAUGCUUGGUUGGACGGAAUAUCGCCGAACACAAUGACGAAACACGACAGCCCAAGGCGGCUCAAUCUACUUUCUCUGUGGCUACAGCGUUCCGGCAAAGCUCCUAUCAGCUUCCAAUUCCACGGCUCCGAAAGUCAGAUGGCGGUUUCCCGACAGCUCUUUCAACGGCUUCUUCUCCAUUCUAAACGGUGGAGACACGUAGUGCUCAACGUUCCCCACUCUUUUCUUGACGAACUCAAAGGGGACAUGUCGAUGUUGAAGUACCUCAACAUCGAUCCGCACAAACUUCCCUCCACCAACGAUCAAAUCCACAUCAUCGACAACGCCCCAGAGUUGACGCAUGUUGUCCUCGGGGACUGCUUUGUUUUGGCUGCCAUUCACCUUCCGUGGAAGCAACUCACCCAUAUAACCGGUGUCUGCCUCUAUAAACGAGAAGCAUUUCACCUCAUUCAAAUCGCGACGCGUCUCCUUCGUCUUGAGCUCCAUGUUAUCGACGACUCGGACGACAUCCGCACGACCGAGACUGAGAUCAAGUCAAAUGUACGUCAUCUGGAAAUCUGGCUGCGCAAAGGGAACCUGGCCGUUUCCGAGGUCCUCUCGUCGCUAUUUCUCCCGUCGCUCGAGUUUCUCUUUGUUCACCAGCCGCACAUCAAACCCCAGCAUCUUUAUGCACUCGGCGCAAUGAUUCACCGAUCCGACUGCCCCCUGCGAGAAAUUCGACUGGAUGUUGAAGACCAUCUUCACAACCUCUGUCAAACGACAUUGUUAUUAUCUAUACCGAUCACAUUCGGACGAAUGGACAACCAAUAUAUCUCAUUAUAA